CGUGACAAAACAUCACAUGAUACUUAUUCCACUUCCGGUUUUGCGAAAAUAUACUGCAACCCAGAUAAGCAAAUUGUUGACUAAGUGACACGAGGAGAGGCAGGGAGGCGUGCCGACGAAAAUGGCAGCCUCCGGUACAACUACGGCUGACUGGGAGUUUGACAAAUUUGAUGAUGGAUCUUUAAAAAUAGUUGGCGAACUUCAACUCAAGAAGUAUGGUAGUUUCCUUGAGGACUAUGCCUCGCAGCUAAAGGACAUUGAAGAUGCUUUGGAUGACUCCAUCGGAGAUUCCUGGGACAUGACACUUGACCCUAUAGCUCUCCAGUUUCUGCCAUAUGAACAAACGAGCUUACUUCAGCUGAUCAGAACAGACAACAAGAUUUUCAACAAGAUCAUCACAGUUCUAGCAUCCUUGUGUUCUGAGAUGGACGCCUUGAAACAUGAAGCAGAGACCAAGUUCUUUAAUGCCUUGCUGUUCUAUGGGGAAGGAGAACCUGAGGCAGGUCUGGAAGAUGGAGAUGCCCAAGUACAGAUGGGAAAAAUUAUCCCAUUGCUUCAGAUGAGGAAGACAGAAUGA